AUGGCUUUUGCUGAGAAGAAUCCUUCUUAUAAUCUUCUUCGUUUCCUUUUGUUCAUUUCCAUAACUUUGAGCUGUUCUAUCACAGCUUCUGCGACUAUCUCAGAAACAAACGCUCUUCUCAAAUGGAAAUCCACUUUCACGAACCAGAGACCCUCAUCAAAGCUGUCUUCAUGGGUCAUCAACGAUACAAACACCAAUACUAGCUUUCCAUGCUCCAGUUGGUAUGGUGUUUCCUGCAACUCACGAGGGAGUGUCGAAAAGUUAAACCUCACUGACAACGCUAUAGAAGGUACUUUCCAAGAUUUCCCCUUUUCUUCUCUCCCAAACCUUGCUUACAUUGAUCUUAGCAUAAACCGUUUCUCUGGAAUCAUCCCUCCUCAAUUCGGAAACAUCUCUAAACUCAUCUACUUUGACCUUUCCACAAACUACUUAACCGGGGAAAUCCCACCUGAGCUUGGCAAUUUGCGAAACCUAGAAACCCUUUAUCUUGAUGAGAACAAGUUAAACGGAUCGAUUCCAUUGGAGAUCGGUCUCUUAACCUCAGUUCGGGAUAUCGCCUUGUCUAACAAUUCCCUAUCUGGACCAAUACCCUCUUCCAUUGGAAAUCUAACCAACUUGGUA